AUGGACUCUGGAUUUGCCUCCUCAUUCAUGCAGGAGCCUAGCUUUCAAACUCUCGGAGUCUCCGGCAUAUCUCUACCCAGUGACUAUGAUCCUACACAGCCUCUCGACCCAGGCCCUAUCUACGAAUUCAUGUCGUCGAGCUCGAACGUACAAGAUUUGCCUAUGCCGCAAUACAGCGAGGCUUUUCCUUCAAGCAACGGAACUUCAACAGUGGACAGUGGGUCAUCUGGAUAUUCUACCCAACCUCCCGUAACCACUGGGACUUUUGCGAACACGAGUACAAACACAAAUCACCCAUACGACACGCUCUCUACUACACCAAACAUGUUCGAGGAUCUUACACGGCAGUGGUCUACUGUCACGCAACCUCCAAGUGGUCCUCCAGCGGUCGGUGCGAUGCCUCGGUAUAAUUACUUUCCCACAACGAACACGAGCUCAACCCCCACUGUUCAGACCCCGAUGUUUGCGGCAGCCCCUAGAUCUUCAGGGACGCCAGGGGAGCCACGAUCCCAGCCACCUCCAAACCCUUUUGCGUUCGUCAUGGGUGCGGGGGAUACAAAUCCAGGAACAACAUACCGCGUAAGUCGUAAUGCGGCGGCAUUUCCUACAUCUGGUACGUCCUCGGUGAGCUCGUAUCAAAGAAGAAACCAAAGAACGACCACUUUGGCGCCGACCCCAGUAAUACCAGCUCAUCACAGGGCUCGAUCUAACCAGCUCUCGCGUGCACGAGCGCGACCUACGAGUACGACCUCCAGCAUGACUUACAAUCCCGCUUCAUCCACACAGCAACAGACAACGCAAAGUCAAAUGAGCCAACCCAUCGCCAGCACCUCCCUCAAUACGUCUACCAGAGCACGGCCUACAAAUAUGACCUCUAACACGACUUACGCUCCGGCUUCAUCCACGCAGCAGCAGACGACUCAAAACCAAAUAAGCCAUCCAGCCACCAACACCGCCCUCAAUUCGUCUACCAGAGCACUGCCUACAAGUGUGACCCAGCAACAGAUGACUCAAAGUCAAAUAAGCCAUCCAGCCACCAGCACCGCCCUCAAUACAUCCAGAUAUGCUCCAUCUACGAGACAUAUCGGGCGCUUGUAUAACCAAUCAAUGCAGCAUCAACCAUCACAACAUCAACCUUCACAGCACCAAUCGACGCAGCAAUCAAUGCAGCACCAGGCUACAAGUCAAAGUCUUGAGCUUGAGCUUGGCGAAAUCCUGCGAGACAUGCCCAGUCAAUACUAUGCCAUCGCCAGACAUAACCCAGCUGCAAACAACCUAGCUGCGUCCAUAAGCAAAGCGAAAAAAGUGCUAGCUACUUCAAAAGAAGUCCGCCCCGAGCCCAAGGAAUCAGACGAGUUGAACAUCAACAUGGAGUGCAAAAUUUGCAUGUGCCAGCUUGUUGACACCGUGCUGAUGCCCUGCGGACAUGCGAUUCUCUGCCGAUGGUGCGCGGAUGAACUCUUGCCUUCGUCUAAAGGGUAUCUAAAGGAAAGGGCAAACUGUCCUAUGUGCCGCGAACCCGUAAGACAAAGGCACCGCAUUUAUUUCCCCUAA